AUGUCUCUUCCCUACGGCUACCAGCCUCAGUUCUACUACGCGACUCCUUACCUUUCCCCUUAUUACCAUCCGACCCACAUCUCCCCCUAUAUCCCGAGCGUAAAUCUUCCCGCAUCUCCUCAGGUAACCCAGCGUCGCGUGCAUUUUGACGAUGGGGUAGUACCAUCCCCUCAACCUCGCUCCCGGCGACCUUCAUGGCAUGCCGGCAUGGAAGGCAUGGCACCAGCACCUAACCCGGCACCUUUCCCGUCUCCUCCAUUCUUGUAUACCUCUCUCCCGCCUAUGUCUCCUUACGUUCCGCCCGCAAGUUACACUCAUCAGCGACGGCGUUCCGAUAGCUCGCUCCCGCAGCCUACAUGGAUUGCUAUCCCUACAUACUCCACGUAUGCCCAGCCAGUCGUUUAUCCUAGCCCAGCUCCAGCACCCGCCCACCAGCUGCAUCCUCUCAUCGAUGGCGAGUCUCUACAAGGACCCUCACUCCUCUUCGACAUCUCUCUCAACGCGUUUACUCCCCGCCGCAUCACCUCCCACGGGCGGGUCAGUGAUUCCACGCUGGGUCUCGAGGAGCUCGGCGAGCAGGCGACGCACCCAGGUGUUACGCGUAUGAAAAUAAUCUGUGACGCGAUCCCUCAGUGGCCCAUCGUGCUGGAGGCAGAGCGCGACCACGGGAGGUCGCCCUAUCUUUCUGUCCCCAGAGCCAAUCACUACGCGCCGAUCACUGUUGGCGACGUCCUCAUCGCGAUUCACCGUACGCUGCAGACGCAGAUCUCACACGUCGACUGGGCACGGCUACCUUCUGGAGACGACGUCGCCGUCGCGCGCGCAUAUACCCGCCGCUGCCGCACGUUCCCGUCCGCGGAGGCCUUCGAGGCGAGCCAGGGCGUGCGUCGCGUGGACUACCUGCUCGACAAGUUCAUGUUCAAGGGACUGGUGCGUACGUCGUACCGCGGAGGCUUCGAGCACGUCAAGCUGCUUGUGGGGCCGGCACCGAGGCGGUAG